AUGCCCCAUUCGAAUAUUUCGCUCUCAGACUCGGAUUCCGAGCCUGAGGUUCCUAGACCUCUGAACACGCUCCAUAUCAUGAUCCGAGAGAUGCUGUAUGAGGUGCGAGAAAACGGGUCCACCAUCUCGGCCCUAGAAGCAUGGGUUGAGACUGUGGACCCAGAAGCAUAUAGAAAGUAUCCAUGGCCUCAGGACCUUAUAGACGCCCAUGCCCACUACAAGGCGUUAGUCGCGGAGAUUAACUCGAAGAGGAUGGCUUACAACAAUUCUGUUCAUUACAGCCUAAAAGAGAAGCUGCGCUACACACCAAAAGUCCAACUAGAACGCCUGACGCAAGAAGAAGUGUCUAAUUACAGCCGAAGAGAUACCUCGACAUUGAUCAUCAAUAUCAACAUCAACAUCUACCUAUUAAUCCUGGUGAUCCAUGUCUUCUGGGUCUGGCGCUAUAGUACCAUCUCUUACUAUACCCCUCUCUUGACAUCAUGGAAGAAAACGAGUCAGCUUCUCGAAGUGGGUAUCAUCAUUGACAAGAUCAAGCAGACAAAAAAUAUACAAGCCAGACUCAUCAUCCAGACCUACGGAAGCAGGCAAGAAGACGCAAAAACUUUCGAAGCACCAUUUCUGUGGCUCUACAUCCGUUGCUUACCGGUGACGGUCAAUGAGCUCAUGCAUAAGUAUCCAGAAGGUACUGUGGAAAUAUUUCUGGGACCCGCGACCCGGCCAAUUGCGAAUGUCCAGGCGAUGUGGCCACUUGCAGAAAGGGGACUGGGUGUGAUCGACUUCAAGACGAUGCAGAAGGCGGAUUCAGGCGUAUCUGCAGAGUGGCUGUGGAAAGGGCUGUAUCACCGCAAAAUUGACUACCCUAAGCUGACAGACCUCUACUGGAAGCUUUUGUUGAACAAAGUCACAACGGGAGAGUGA